AUGUACCUUAUAAGGUUGAAUUCUCAGCCAUUAUUAGUGAAUGAGGUGGCAGAGAGAUUGGCAGCAUUUUCAAAUGGGAUAAACAUGAUGCCUUACCUAUUCACGCAAAUGCACCUCUCACUUGCAAAUGCAGCGGCCGCAACCUCCGCAUUGGCCGGAUUUGGGGUUUUCACGACUAUCUUUGGAGCUUUCCUAGCCGAUGCCUAUUUGGGACGUUUCAGAACCAUUAUGGCCUUCUCCUUCAUUUAUGGAGUGGGAAUGGUAAUGCUAACAACCUCAGCCACCAUAGACGCCUUACGCCCACCACCAUGCACCCCACAAGCCAACACCUCCCACGCCUGCACCCCAUCAACCCACGCCCAAAAAGGCUUCCUCUUCGUCUCAAUGGCCCUCAUCUCCCUCGGCACCGGCGGCAUCAAGCCCAACAUCGCCAUCUUCGGGGCGGACCAAUUCGAUGAGGACGACGAGAAAGAAGCCCUCCAGAAAUACUCAUUCUUCAGCUGGUUCUUCUUCAUAAUCAACACGGGGGCAUUACUGGCGAUAACCGUGCUGGUUGGCAUACGCGAGUACAAGGGGUGGUCGUGGGGAUUCGCUGCCCCCACGGCGUGUAUGUUGAGUUCGAUAUUGAUUCUGGUCGCAGGCUACCGGCGUUACCGGUUUAAGAAGCCGUUGGGGAGUGCUUUCACUAGGUUUUUUCAGGUGGUUGUGGCGGCCGUGAGGAACCAUAGGAGGGGGGUUCAAGAGGUGGGGGAAGGUGAUCGGCUUUAUGAGGUGAAGGGUAAAGAGUCUGCUAUUUUGGGUGCUAGAAAGAUUGGGCAUACUGCACAAUACAGAUUCUUGGACAAAGCAGCCGUAAUAACAAACAGUACAGAAGCAGCAAGCGCAAGCAACCGUUGGAGGCUGUGCACAGUAACCCAAGUCGAAGAGCUCAAAUCCUUCAUCCGAGUCCUACCCAUUUGGGCGACCACCAUCGCCCUCUCUCUCUCCUUCGCCCCUUUCCAGACCUUCUUCGUCAGCCAAGCCGCCAUCAUGGACCGGAAAAUCGGCCCCACCUACGUCCUCCCCGCCGGCACCGUUCCAGUCUUCGGCGCCGUCAACGCUGUCCUCCUCGUCCCGCUCUACGAGAAACUCGUCGUCCCUGUGCUCCGUCGGUACACCGGUCACCGACGCGGCAUCACAUCGUUGCAACGGAUGGGGGUUGGUUUGUUUAUCUCGAUUUUCGCGAUGGUGUCGGCUGCAUUGACUGAGAAGAGGAGGAGGGAUGAUGCGAAUCCUUCUGCCAUGAGUGUCUUCUGGUUGUUCCCUCAGUUCUUCUUGUUAGGUAGCGCUGAAGUUUUUACGUACGUGGGCCAACUUGAGUUCUUCUAUGAUCAAGCAAGUGACGGAACACGAAGCCUUUCCAACGCGUUGUUUAUCACCGGGAUAGGGCUUUCGGCUUGGAUAAACACCGCUCUUCUAAAGAUUAUACAGGCGGCGACUGGCGGGGAAGAGAUGGGGUGGGUGAGGAAUGAUCUGAAUAAAAGCCGACUCGAUAACUUUUACUGGGUACUGGCGACAAUUGAUGUCGUGAAUUUCUUCGCUUACUUGCUGGUGGCUAUGCGAUUUAAGGGCAAAGAUGUUGAUAAUACUGCUGCUGGGGCUGACGGUUGGACCACAGCCGAAGUUGUUCGUGAUCAAGAGGCAGAAAGUGAAAGUGAUCAAGUGGCAGAAUGUGGAAGUGAUAGUGAGGAACAUGUUCUUUUGAAAGUUAGAAAUUUGGAGAAUCAUUUGUGGGAAACGACAUUCUUUGCUACGAUUUGGUCAUUGUGGUUGGCGAAAAAUGACUACGUGUUCAAUAAUGCUUCAAUAGGAGUAGGGCAAGUGGGUGAGGUGAUCAAAACCAGAGUCGUGAUGUGGAUUAAGGUGAAGUUCGAUAUCAAGGUAUACUCAGUGGAGGAUUUUAAAGAUGUUCUUGAUGGAGUUAGAAAGAUCUUUGACAUUCCUCAGGUGAAAUUCUUUUUAUUGAUAAAACUCUCAAAUAUCUCCUCCCGUCCAAAGAAACUCUCAAAUGUCAUGAACUUGAGAAGUAGCCAACCAGCCAGCAAAAGUAUGUGUCCGUCGCCCUCUCCAUCGUUGACGACUUCAUUCCUCUACUUUUUGCUAGCUUCCUCAUGGCUAUUUCUUGGGUAUAUUCUUAAAGAUCGGUGA